AUGAAAUCAAAUCGGGACGAAAAACGAAAUCCAUUCUGGGCGAGCGGACCUGACUUCCUGCUAAAAGACGAGACGCAUUGGCCACCAGCUGAUUCCCAUACAGGAACUGAAGAGGAACUUCGAGCGAAAUUCGUUUUAUAUACUCAUGCAGAAUAUAACUUCUGGGAAAGAUUCUCGUGUUUCACUCGCCUUACGAGAGUCGAUAACAGUCAGCGCGUUCCACGGGACAAGAGGUGUGGACCACUAACCCCAAAUGAGUUAGAAAACGCGGAACUUGCGAUUUGUCGAGCUGCACAGAAGGCUGCCUAUCCCGAGGAGUACAAAAGUUUAAGCAUGAAGAAGCGAUUAGAACGCAGUAGUAAACUAUUGACGCUUUUCCCCUAUAUGGAUGAUGCGGAUGUAAUUCGUGUAAAGGGACGAAUCGACAGCGCGGACACAAUUCCAGUAAGCACUCGAAGGCCCGUUAUUUUGCCUCGAGCACACCACGUCACAGAUCUGAUUGUUAGCCUUUAUCAUCGCCGGUGGAAACACCAAAACGAAGGAACAAUAAUAGCCGGAAUACGCCGAAAAUUUUGGAUACCGCACAUGCGAGUAGCAGAGCGACGGGCUGCGAGAGAAUGUCAGAAAUGCAAAAUUGAUAGAGCUCAACCCGAAACCCCGCUUAUGGGUCCGUUGCCGCAGGAUAUGUUGACGCCAUUUGUGAGGCCAUUUGCCUAUGUAGGCCUAGAUUACAUGGGGCCCUUUUUCGUCACCAUAGGACGGCGCAAGGAGAAGCGUUGGAUUGCGCUCUUUACCUGUUUAACGACUCGCGCAGUACAUAUGGAAGUUGCUAGAGAUCUUAGCACGGACUCUUGCCUGCUAUGUAUACGAAACUUUACGAGUAGACGAGGAACCCCCGUUCGCAUACGUUCCGACAACGCUACGAACUUUAUCGGAGAGGACAACGAACUUCAAAGACAACUCGCUGAUUUUGACUCCGGAAAAAUUGCUGACACUUUGGCGAACAAACGCAUAGAAUCGGUAUUCAACACUCCGUUAAACCCUCACGCUGGAGGAUGUUGGGAGCGUUUAGUGCGCAGCGUAAAACGAGCCAUGGGGCAUGCGCUCUAUAACGAAAACCUGCAAGAGCACUGCCUUUAUAGCCUGAUGUGUGAAGCGGAGAAUAUGGUUAACUCGCGGCCGCUAACCCAUAUACCAAUAGACACCCCCACCGACGAACCCAUAACCCCGAAUCACUUUCUUUCAGGUACAGCUAACACCGAGCAGACGCCUCAUCCACGGGAAGAGGAGCACCGUGCUUCUAGAAAGCAAUGGAGGAAGGUACAACAAGCGCAGCACCGUUUCUGGAAGAAAUGGAUUUCCGAGUAUCUCCCGGAUCUGUGCCGCCGGACCAAAUGGUAUCAGCCUGUACAACCGUUGCGUAUUGGAGACGUCGUGCUAGUUGUGGAUAGCAACAUACAUCGUUCUCGAUAG